AUGGCCUGCCAGAGGAGCCGCCGCUUGAAGACUGCCGGCAGGGGGAGCGCCGCGCCCCCCCCCCCGGCUGCUGAACAACAGGGGACCACCCAAGCAGUGCAGGGUCGCCCCGGGGAGGCAGGCGAUGGCAAACCACCUCCGCUGGCCUCUGGCCUUGAAAGGAGGGCUGGCCACGUUUCGGCUGCGACGCCACCGCUUCCCAGCACCAGUCUACCAGGCGGCCUGACCUGGACGGGCCAGGCUCUGGUCGGGGCUUGGGCCCUUCGGCCGGGUCAGCCCCGGUUAGCCCUUGGCUGGGAAGCCCAGCCGCCUCUGUGGGCCUCCUUCCACGAAAUCCCCGGAGGGGCGGCCGUCGGUCGGCUGCCCAAGUACUGGUCCCGCGGCACUGUUUCGGUCCCGGCGAGCGAGGCGCACGGUCAGCGGAGCCCUCCCCCUCGGAACCCCGCGCCUCGCCGGCCCCAGCACCGCCCCCCGGCAGGACCCGCGCCCGGAGCACCCCCGCGGGGCUUCUGCCUGCCCUGCCGCUCCCGAGCGGGCGUGGUCGCUCCUCCCGCCAGGACGCCGCCGUCGGAAGCUUCGUCGGGCGGCGGCACCUUUCCCCUCCGGGCCCGGAGCCGGCUACGCUUCCCUCCCCAGAGAGCCGGGAGCGGCGCCAGCUCGGCCAUGCAUGGGGGGGGGGGGCAGGGCAGGGCUGGCAGGGCGCGCGGGGAUCCCUCCCGGGCCGGGACCCGCACGCGCUUCGCCGCUUCCCAGCAAGAGGAGCCGAAGGGCUUUGCGCCUUUGAUAUGCAGCGGCUGUCCCGGCCCGCUGGAGCGCCGCCAACGGAGGGGCAGAUGCAGCCAGGCCUCUCCCAGGAGCCCAGAAGGGGGGCGUCUUGUUCCGGCCGCCCGGGCUGCCCUCCCCGUGAGGGGCGAAGGCGGACUGCCCUGCUGCUGCGAACCGCCCCGGGAGCUCGGCCUGGGUCUCCCCCGCCUCGCCCCCCCCCUCGAAUCAGGCGGCCUCGAGUCUGCCCGCGUCCCGGAGCCCUGUCACGGGGGGGGGGGGCGGACUGAGCAGGGCCCGGGCAGCCCCCGACGUGGUGCGGCGCUUUCGCCGGAGAUGGGACGAGGCGGGCCGGCCGGCUCCCCGCUCCCUCCCUCGGGCCAACGGCCUUGCCCCCCACCCCCGCGCCUGCACGCGGCUCCCCCCCCUUCCCGCCGCCCCGGGCUGUCUGGCGAGCUCCCCGCCCGGCAGUCAGGGACGCCCCAUCGGGGAUCGGUGGCGCCCCGCGCCGCAGGGACUCACCCGCCGCCCAGCGCCAGUCCCUCGGUGUGGCCGGCGACUGCCCGCCGCCCGCCUCCCGCCGCCGCCUUUAUAGCUGCCCCCGCCGCGCCCGCCAGAGGAGGAGACCGGCCGGCCGGCCGGGCGGGCAGGCAGAGGCGGGGGGCGCUGGGGGCUGCGCCCUUCGGCUCCCCGCGCUCCAUCCGGAGCGGUGUGGGCCGCCCUCCGCGCAGCGGGCGAUUCGAGCCCCUCGGCCUUCGCCCCCCGGGCCUGCCUCCGGCCGGCCCGGCCCCCUCCCCAGCCGCACCCGGGUCUGGCGGCGCUCCGUCGGGGGCCUCCGGGGCGCUCCGGGACGUGCAGAUGACCCCGAGCGAGGGCCGCGAGAGCGGAACACCGUCGAGGAGGGGACGCGAACCGAAAGGGAUGCGGCGAAACCGGCGCCCAGUUCUGCAGGCAGAUGCCGGAGUGGCGCGGGCGCGCUCCCGGGGGAGAGGCACAAGGGGCUUCAGGCGCGCGCGGGCCGGCCCGGAGAGAGGCCGGUGCGAGUGGCUGGCUGGGGAGCAUGAAAGCUUUGCCGGGGACGGAGAGGGCUACUCGCCAGGCGUCACGGCUGACCAUGCCCCCUGGCCUAGCGACGCCUGCGCAGAGCGCGGGGGGCGGGGCGCGGCCGGCGCCUGCGCACUGCUCGCCGCGGGUCCCGGCUACAAGAUGGCGGCGGCGGCUGCCAGGGUGAGGCGGCCCCGGGAUGGCGGCGGGGGGCGCGGCGGCACCCCCACACCCCUCCGCGCCCCGGCCACGCGCCCAGGAGACACAGGAGACGCCAUCCCAGGAGACACAGCCCCACUCAUUCAGCAAACGCCUGGGACGGGAAAGCCGACAGGAACAGGCUGCGAGAUCGCAUAA